AUGUAUUAUAUAGCGAAACACCUAGCGGGAAAGACUCACAGUUAUAGCCUAACUGCAGAGCGGGAAAGACGCACAGUGAAAUGGACAAGGGAGCGACACAGCAGUAGGCAGGGGUCGAGGGGCGAGCCCUCGGGCACACAGCUACCACUCACAUAUACCCGCACCCUACCAGGCCCACCCGGGCUGCAGGCCACCGGGCGGACAACCCGGAUGCAUCGCCCACACACACGUGGGCACCAACAAAAGCGACAGAAGAGCACAACACCCUCUGUCACUCCCGUGAAGGGAGAAAGCUCGGGCCGAAGAGGGGACCGAGCUUGUGACCAAGGAAUGCAGGCCAGCACGCAAGCCUGA